AGGAACAGCGGGAUAUAUGCAGCGCACCGAAGCCUCGGUCCAGAAUAAAACUUCGCUAAAGAAAUUAUGGCUUCGGCAUUAAAGAAGCGGAAUAACAGAUCGCUUUUUCAUAUAAGAAUCUGUGUAAAAAUGAAUAGUCGCUUCAUUUUGCCCGUGUUGUGGUGCUGUUUGCUCUACCACGGUGUGUGUGGUGUUGCUGCAGAUGUAGUGUCAGUGAAGGAGGGAGAAUCAGUCUCUCUACAAACUGAUGUAAAAACAAACCAACAAGUCAGCAUUAAAUGGUAUUUCUAUAACACUCGCAUCGCUCAAAUCACUGGAGAUCUCAGUAAGAUCUGUACAGAUGUUCAGUGUAAAGAUGGUGAUGAGAGAUUCAGAGACGAUCAAAGUUACUGUUAUCAGACUGGAUCUCUGACCAUCAUGGACACUAGAACCACGGACUCUGGACUUUAUCUUCAUGUCAGCAAUGGAAAAAACAGUAAAAGUGGAAAGACCUUCAGUGUUACUGUUCAUGGUUUUUUCAGUAAUGGUACAGAUGGAGUGUCAGUGUUUUUGAUGGAGAGAGAUUCUGUCACUCUACACACUGGUGUUGAAACAAACCAACAAGGCAAAAUUAAAUGGUAUUUCAGUGGCACUCGCAUCGCUCAAAUCACUGGAGAUCAGAGUAAGAUCUGUACAGAUGAUCAGUGUAAAGAUGGUGAUGAGAGAUUCAGAGACAGACUGAAGCUGGAUCAUCAGACUGCAUCUCUGACCAUCAUGAACAUCAACACCACUGACUCUGGAGUUUAUGAACUAAUCAUCAGCAGUAAAAAGAAAAACGAGGGUGACACAACCUUCUAUUUUGCCGUCCAUGAUGUUUCUGCUGCUAAACUAGAUGAAAUGAAGGAGGGAGGAAAUGUCACUUUAUAUACUGAUGUAAUAAAAAACCCAAAAGAUGUGAUGACGUGGCAUUUUGAUAACAUUCUCAUCGCUGGAGAUCAGAGUGAGAUCUGUACAGAUGAACAGUGUAAAGAGAGAUUCAGAGACAGACUGAAGCUGGACAAUCAGACUGGAUCGCUGACCAUCAGGAACAUCACAAACACAUACUAUUGA